AUUGAAAAAUUAUAAAGAACUUAUUCAGCACGAAAAAGAGAAAAAAAAUUCUACAAAUUUGCAAUCAUCCGGUUUUCAUGCUCAAAAGGACAGGAUUAAAUUGCCUUCACAGACAUUUGUACCAUCUCCUUCACAACCAUCUACUUCCAAGGGUUUAUUUGAUCAAGAUGUGUCCUUUUCUGAUGAAUCCAUGAAAAGAUCUCCAAAUUGUCCAUCGUCUACACAAGAUUCAUCACCAACUACACAUUUGUCGCCCGAACAAUCGCCAAAUAAUGUUCAGCCCUCACUCCCAGCCUGGAUACGGAUCCUUCAGAAAAGUCAAGCAAUACUCCUUUAAAUUCGAUCACUUCGAAAACACUAAACACCCCUAAAGGAAGAAACUCAAAUAGUAUUCGCGCUCGAUCUCUGUUUGACACUGCUCAACACAACGUUUUUAACAACGACGCUAUCCUUUUAAGAAACCUUGCAAACUUUGAUGCCUCAUGAGAAACGGAUUCAACGACCAAAUAAUCUUCCACCUCUGCCUAUCAGUGACUUAAAAGAAUUUCAAUGUUUUGAAAAAUUUCUUGAUGAUGGUGCAAACUUCUCAGCAACUAGUUAUUAUCUAUCAUCAUAUCCACUGCCUAGGGAGGAAAAAGGUGCAAUUUCAAAACUUAUGCCAAAAGUUAUAACCAAUAAUCUUGCUUCUGAAUUUAAUUUCGACGGUCACCGGUAUAAACAAGGUUUUAAAUCAGCCUUAAAGUGGCAGGUAAUCCAAGGUGCUUUAUCCCUCAGGUAUGAGAAUUCGGAUUUAACAGUUGCUGUUGUGGAUAUGCGUUCAUGGUUGCGUAAUGCUAAAGGACGUAAGCAAAUUCCUACUGCUGAUAGUAAAACCAAGAACCAAAGAGAGAAAAAACGAAUCUCUACUACUCCUAAUAAUAGUAAGGACCAAGUCGUUUAAAAUUUGUUUAAAAUUUUCUGAAUUUUAAAAUUUGAAUUUUAGGUAAUAUUCAAGAAUCCUUUGAUUUUGUUUUAAGUAAUCUUGUUUCCUGUCAGUAAUUAAACAUUUGGUAGUUUCCGAACUAUUUUUCAUAUUUUUCUUUUAUUUUUAAUCAUUUUUCUUAAGUCAUGCUAAGUUUUUUUUUGAUUGAUAGAGUUGUAAUUAUGUGAUAAUUCACAACUUGGCCAAGCCUUGCUUAAAAUCACUAGUUUUGUACUCUUUGUUUCUUCUGCAAAUUCAUUCUGUUCAUUGAUUCAUGUUACAUUCCUUGUCAGUA